AUUACGAGGUGCUUCCAAGCUGCAUCACCUUUAGCUAGUAGCUGUAUUGUAUUCAAGCAACAGUCAACACGUGAGAAUCAACAUGUACUAAUCCUUAGUCGGUUUCUGUCGUUUCUGACGUAAUCGUGACUAUCGGCCGCGUGAUGUCGUACGUUUAGGACAAGAUCUCACGAAUGAUUUAUUACAACUAUAAACAUUCAGAGGUCCAUGGUAUAUUGAAACAAUGAACUGCAAGUGGGGACGUCGCUGACGGGAGAACUAGGGUAUCACAAAUACACAUAUAAACGUUAUACAAGGAAACACGGACGUGACUGGGACUCAUAAAAUUUUAUAAGGAAACACGGAACGUGGACUCAUAAUAGUUUUAUAAGGAAACACUGGCGUGACUGGGACUUUUCUUAACAACGGUUCAGGUGUCACGGCUACCCGAUGGGUAUGGGGUGUUCUGUGUCAGCUACACAGCUGACACUUAUGUCAGCUACACACGAUGAUGUUCCUGCUGGGACUACGAUAACGCAAAAACGCAGUAGAGAGAGCACUGAGAGCGGAAAGAGAAUCAUAGAUGAACGCCUUAAAAUCAGUGAGAAUGACCGGAGAUUGAUAGCUCGGACGUGGAAAGGAAUCUCGAGGAAUAUGGAACAGACGGGCAUUGACAUGUUCUUAAAAUUGUUCCAAAAUAAUUUUAAUCUUAAAAACUUAUUCUCUGAGUUCCGAGGGCUUGAAACUGCGGAAGCUAUGAGACAAAGCCAGGCGUUGGAAAACCAUGCAAUGAUGGUUAUGUGUACGCUAGAUGACGCCAUCUGUUCACUUGAUGACGUAGACUACGUGCAGGAACAACUGCGAAACGUUGGUAAAUCACAUCGAAGAUUCCAUGGCUAUGUCGCUGACAAUUUUCUGAAAAUAGAAGAACCGUUUCUUGAAUCUAUUAAAGAAACAAUCGGUGCAAAAUUCACCCCCGAAUUGGAAGAUAGCUACAGAAAAACAAUAAAUUUCGUUCUUGGUAACCUGGCCCAUGGCUUUAGCAGUGGAGGGGAGAAGGAAAGAGAUAUAUCUGAAACCUCUGAAACAGCAGUGGAUUGAUUGGUAUUCUGAGCUGCUUAAUGCAAAGAUGACGAUGUAAAUAAAUCAAGACGGGUAUUAAGUAGACAAUGCAGUAGAAGAAUGCGAAAAGACAAGUCAAAGAAUGGAAUUAUACUGACUUCCACAAUGGCUGACACUAAACUUUCAAUAUUUCUGACAUCGGAAUCCCAGCAUGGCUGACUCUUUGUUGAUCCAGUUACCUGGCAGUGCUACCUUAACACUUAAUCGGGAGAAGAUAAUGAGAAUACAUAUGUGAUACACAUAAUAAACCAAAGACUAUCUUCUAGUCUGAUUCAGAGACUGUAAAAGCUUUUUUAGAUAUGAAAGGGCCUGUUUUCUCUGUUAUAGGAAUCAUGAGUGUUUGGGCCACCAACGGAAAAAUGACGUUAAAUGCCUGAAGCAAUCCUUGUAUCAAACAUCCAUACAUUUCCAUAACAAUCCUAUGUAAUAUCUGAAAAUGAGAUAUUUGAUCAAAUGUGGAAGUUAUUAAGCGUCCAAAUUCAUUAGAACUGAAAUGAGAACGUUUUUUCAUUUCAUUUUCAUUACUUUUAUGUUCAUUAAGGCAAAGUCCAAAGGUUUCGACGCAGAUAUUUUGAGGUGUGACGGGUUUCUGUAUGUGUUUGACCCCAUUCAGUCUCUUUUUGAAAGAAAAACAAAGAAGACAAGCACAAAGAAGACAAGCCUUGAUCAAAUAAUACUAGUAUACGUUAUUGCUUCGAUAUGCGUUUAACAUGUUCAAAUAUGUUAUACAUCAAAAUGUAAUCCAUGCCAUAUGUGGUAGUAGAAAUAUUAAUUCAUCAGUUUAUGUAAUGCCGCUUUGACGUUCCCGGUCUGACUUUGAUACUUGACUUACUAUGACUUUGAAUCAUAC